AUAAGGAGGGGUAGCAGGGGUGGUGGCAGGGAGCCUCAGGGUUGCUGAGGCAGUGCUGCAGAGCAGUACCGAGCGUGUGCUUCCUGCCCGUGCUGUGACAGGUGACCCCAGCCCCACUGUGUGAAGUGGUGUUGCCAAGGUCAGGGCUCCAGGAAGAAUGACACCUUCAUGCAUUUUGUGGGAGCCAUGCCAUGCCUCUGGAUAGCCCAGAGAUAAAAGAAGAAGUUCUCAGAAAGGAUGAUAGGUUCCUCACCUUGCUCAAAGAUGUUUAUGUCGAGUCCAGAGAUCCACCAGCGCAGGUAAAACAUGGAGGUGGUGAACAUCUUCCAAGCAAACAGGAGGAAAAGAGACUUACCAAAUUAGGCCACUUGGAAGCUCUAGAUGUUAAGAAAGUUUCCAAAGGCAAAAUUUCCCUUGUGGAGGCUCUGACACUUCUUAAUAAUCAUAAACUUCAACCUCAAAUAUGGACUGCAGAGAAAAUAGCAGCAGAAUAUAGUCUGGAACUGAAGGACGUCAACUCUCUUCUGGAAUUCUUCAUUCCUUUCACCGUAAUGGAAUUUCCUAAAGAAACCAAAAAAGCCAUAACAAGCCAUAAACCAAAACAGUUAACAUAAAAAUACCUGCCAAAACCUUUUGUGAUCUCACUCGUGUCUUCAUUUUUACUCUCAAGUAUAUUCCAUGUCUGCAAGGCUGCAGAGAGAUGCCAGUGAGAUAUAUUAAAGCAAUUCCAUUCUACAUUGGAUGGCUUCAGUGAAAUGCAGCAAUUAGUUUGUAAACCAGAAUAUGACAAAUUCAUGGUAUGACAGCACAUUACACAGUUCUCAUUAUCCCAUUCAAAUGUUAUGAGUUCAGUUAAAGCAUUUUACCUUUGAAGAUUGCCUUUCUCAGCAGAGACUUCCUGGCCUGCAGCUAAAGGGGUUCUCUGUGGGUGUUGGCUCUGUAAUUUCAUGUUGCACUGUUCUUUCAAGGACUUGCUGUCAAGGUGUGUGUACAUAACAAACAGCUGUAUUUCUUUUGUAUGAGAGUGGAAUGGUAUUUGUACUUUGUAAAGAAGGUUAACCACAAGGGCAUUUGGAAAAUUCAGCUGUGUCAAACAUAAAAUAAAAAGAAGGUAACAGCAAGAAGGCCUCUUUCUGGUGCUGGAACAAUAAUGGCUCAUAUGUAACUCCUCUUCUACUCUAUUCUGAUUUAGCUUAAAUGCCUGCACCUCUCCAGGUGCUGUUAGGGAAUUUGUAGAGUGAUGAUCUUGUGGCAUAAGUCUCUUGCAGCAGCCCAUGGCAUCUGCUGUAUGAGGAACAAUGCUUCAUAUUAAUAGGUAGCAAGGAUAUGCAACUAAUGGAUGUACUAAUUGGACCCACUAGUAGGACUUCUGUGAAUGUUUGCCUAUCCUGUUACAACAAUUUUUUUUUUCCUAUGGAAGCCUUGUCUGAUCCAAGUGUGGGCUAGAUCAGGUCAUGUUUACUCCCAGCAUACAUCUGGACAGAUGACAGGUGACACAAACUGUGAGCUAGUGGUGGAUUUUAAUUCUGAUACUGUGACUGUUCACGUCUGUGUAAGUAGGAAGUUUUGUACUGAUGGUUAAUCCUGUAGCAAAAUGUGGUAAGAUAAGCUGGGGAGAUGGGGCAGCAGAAAAUCAGAAUUGAUAUUUUAAAAUGCAUUAUGAUUGUCUUCCUUCAAAAAAAACCCCCAGAAACUAAUUUUAUGCCUGUCACCAAAAGAAGGUGAAUUUUAAGGGUAUAAGUCAGUGCCAGGCUUACGAUGUAACUUUCUUUUCAGGAACCUUUUUGCCAAGUCUUUGAUUUGGAGUCUGGUAAAUGUCUUACCAAGAAGAUGAUCAGCUUUGUUAUUUCAAAGCAAGAUUCCUUCACCUUCUCUGAGUUAGAACUGUACUCAUAUCUCCAGUACAGUUUGCCACAGGGUAUUUGAAGGUUUAUGUUUGAUUCAUUUCUGAAGUACGUAACACUGUUCAAUAGUGGAAGAUGACACUAUGUGCAUUGUAUCAAAAUUCAAAAGUCUUUGA